AUGAUUAAUGAUGAUUUUCUCUAUCACGGUAAUAUUAGUAAUGCACGCAACAUAGAAGUACUCCAUGAACUUGAUAUUCAACAUAUUCUUAAUAAUGAAAAUGUUCUAGUUCACUGUCAAGCGGGUAUUUCUCGUUCAUCUGCGAUAGUUCUUGCUUAUCUGUUGAAAUACCAACAGAAGACAUUGCUUGCAGCCUAUGGCUACUUGACCGAACGCCGACAUCUAGCUGAACCAAAUGGCUGCUUUCUACUUCAAUUGAUUCGUUACGAAAAGGAAUUGCAUAAUCUUACUUAG